AUGACACGGGGAGCUGGAGUGAAAGUGCCAGAGGUGCAGCUAAGCUCGGAGGAAGCACUCUUGCGAACGCUGCUGUUGGACACAGUGGAGUAUAUUCGGCGUAAGAAUAAUGAUGACCCCAAGGGCUCUGGGCUCAUCCUCCGGUUUACUGGAGGUUGGGUACGUGACAAAGUACUAGGCGUGGACAGUCAGGAUAUUGACGUCGGGAUCAGCACUAUGACGGGCUAUGAGUUUGGCCUGGCGCUGAAGGAAUACCUUGAUAUCCCAGAGAAUCUUGAAAGAUAUAAGGCUCACUAUCCGGAGCAUGCCCUCAAAGGAGUUAUUGGCGGACUACAUAAGAUCGCCGCGAACCCGGAGAAAUCAAAACAUCUCGAGACAACUACAAUUCGUGUCUUUGGAUUUGACGUGGACUUGGUUAACCUGAGGAAAGAAACUUAUACAGACACCAGCCGGAACCCACAAGUCGAAUUUGGAACUGCAGAAGAAGACGCCCUUCGUCGUGAUGCUACUGUCAAUGCGUUAUUUUACAACUUACACACCGGUGAAGUAGAAGAUUUCACCGGCAUGGGGCUGUCUGAUAUGGAAGCGAAACUGAUUCGCACACCGCUGGCGCCCUAUCAAACCUUCAAAGAUGACCCAUUAAGAGUUCUAAGGUUAAUCCGCUUUGCCAGCAGACUCGGCUAUACUAUUGAUCCUAAUACUGAAGAGUCGAUGUGCGAUGAUGAUAUCAAGCAUUCCCUCAGGCUUAAAAUAAGUCAGGAAAGAAUUGGUAUUGAAAUAGAAAAGAUGCUCCGCGGCCCUGAUCCCCUGGGCGCAUUGAUGAUUAUAAACCGGCUGGGCCUAUAUGACACUAUCUUUUCAGAUCACCUGAGCGCGACUGAUGUCGAUACGUCUUCUUGGCCAGUCGCAUAUACUCUGUUGAAUAGUAUCCUAGACGAAACGGAUUAUCCCGAGGUGUCCCUUGAGCUUCGGAAGUCGGUAAAAAGCUUCCUUAUCCGUGAUAAAGACGAAAAGUACCGGUCCUGGAUGAUUGUUGCACUGUCUCCUUGGGCGAUGGUUGAUGUUAAACAGCCCCUAACUGAAGAAGAGGCUAGAAAAAUGGCCCCCCGCCCGACAAGGGUUGCUCGGGAUGGCCUUAGGUGCGAAAAGAAAUUGACAACCUUGUUAAGCGUAGCAGUCACCCGCUACGGGCUAAUAUCAGAUGUCAAAACAGCGUAUGUUAACGGGAUGUCUGAUACUACCUCUCUAUCUGACGAUCGAUGGAAACUUGCAAAACUUCUCCGAAGUCUAGGAGCGGAUUGGAGGCUUUGUUUUAUUCAGGCAAUACUGCUAGAUGUUAUGCAAGGGAAAGCUGCCCAAGCCGUUUUGAAUGACUACCUUGAGGUCCUGAAAUUUUUAGAGCAGGAGAAUCUCCUCGAAGUAACCAACCUUAAGCCUCUUGUUAAUGGACGUGAUAUGAUUAAAGCCUUAAACUCGAAAGCAGGAGCAUGGCUGACAACCGCUCUGGAAAUUGCCAUGGAAUGGCAAAUUCGGAAUCCAGACCGGACAGAUGCAGAGGGCGCAAUAGAAGAAGCUAUACGCAGGAAAGACGAGUAUCAAUAG